CCACCUUGGCGAGGAUACGCGUCUGGUACACGGCGAGAGGCAGCGUGACGAGCGUCCUGACACCCAGGGUGGCCGCGCCGAUGGCCAGCCACCAGGGGACCGCGCCGCUCUGCUGGAUCUCCACCAGGAAGUCUUCGGCCAGGCGCACGGGAGCCGAGUGCGCCGCCUGCUGGUACCAUCCGGGAUCGCCGCCCCCAGAAGACGAGCGGUGGCAGACGGCGGAAGCAAAGGGAGGCCUCCCGAGCGAGGCGGCGAACGGACGGCGCAGGACGCGGGCCGCCCCGAGGGCCAGCAUGUCGACGGCGCUCCUGCCAAAUUUGAAAUAUAGUCGAUUAAUCGAUGAACUAGUUAGUUUGAGCAAUCACAUAAGGAACAUAAAAAAUUAAAAUACCUGAGCUGAGCCUCAAACAGUAUAAAAAAUAAAUGAGGAUCUAAGUACAACAAAAGAACAAUUGGGUAACUUAUAGCAAAAGUCUGCUAGCUUAAAUGCUAUAAAAAAUUUUUUUACAAUACUCUUUACAAAUGGUUAACAGAUAUUCCCACAAAAAUGGCUGAAUCUACCUAUAAACUAAAUUAUGGAUGCAUUAAAAACCUCAAAAACUUUCUUUAUGUUGGUCUUAACAAGGAGCAGCUUGAUGCAGCCACGUGAAAUGAGUUGUCAUAUUUACUGUUGCCACUAGAGGACAGUAGCAACCCAAAUCAAAACUACAUACAAACACAAACCAUUACAACGCCACUAAUUAAACGAAUACUCUAAGGAGCAAAAUUUAAUUCGAAUCUUUAAUUGCAGCACUAAUUGUCUUUCCCCCAGGUUUUGAAGGAAUUUUAAUAAUUUAAGAACGUCUUUCCAUAGGUUGAGCGAUGUAAGUCAUAUUAUCGGGUGGUCAAUGUAAAAAGCAACUCAGGUUGUCAGCAAAUGUGCGCAUUACAAAAUUACAAACGGCAAAUAAAUGUCACAUUCUUUUAAGUCUAAAGCUAACAAUAAAAUUGUGAUAUUUCCGUUCACCUGCUGGCGGCUUUUUAGCGGCGUUUUCACCUUUCGGUUGUCGGCGGACAGUAGCAGCGAGCAGGUGUUGUCGCGCCGUUGAUGACGUCGUGCUGUCUUUUGACGAUUAGAUGUGACGUGAUUAGGACGGGACACCCCUCUUGAGAGGGUUGGUACGCUCCGUCAGCCGCGGGAAUUCGGACAUGGAAGAUAAAGGCUUUCGUGAGCAACACACGAAUCCUGUGCCUUCCGUUCUGCACAUCUAACAACGCGACGCGCGUACCAAAUGUUUUUAUUUUAAUGUAUAUUUGAUUUUUGUGUAAUAAAUUAUUUUAAAUGUGGCGUGUUACACACUUCCGUCCGUUAGAUGGCAGUCAUGUAUCUUAAUAUGGGUUUGCUAAGCGCCAAAUAAACAACACAAGCAAAAGAAGCUAGCCGAGAGAGCAGCCAAGAUGGCGGAGUACGGCCAGACUGGACUGUUGACUGCUCUACUUCUCUUCACGGCGCUGACGCUUCGCGACGUCUACGUGGGCAGGUCGAGCCCGCGUCAGGCCGACGUCUUGACAGAGCCCGCCGCCCCCGGCACCGAAAGCGGGAGGGCGGCCGAGCCUUCCCCGUACAGCAGCCCCGUCCUCAGGUUCCAGUACUGCAUCUCCUGAGGUUACGCCAAAGUCUUCCAAGAGUACUCCAGGGCCAUCGGACAGCUGUACCCCGACAUGCGCAUCGAGGGACAAAACUACCCCCCGACACCCUUCAACAAGGUGUUGGGCAGCGCGGCGUGGUUGCUGAAGCUGGUCUCCAUUUUGUUGAUCGUCAGCGGUCAGAACUUGUUCGCGUCGCUCGGCGUCGACACGCCCAGACUCUGGACGUGGAGCCAGGAGAACAAGAUCUUCUCCUGCUUGAUGGCAUUCUUCCUCUGCAACAUGAUGGAGACCCACUUCCUGUCCACCGGAGCCUUCGAAGUCACUCUGGACGAUGUUGUCAUCUGGUCCAAGCUUCAGUCCGGUUAUGUGCCCAACAUUCAGGAGAUGUUGCACAUUCUCCACCAACAUCUCAACAACAACAGCCAUCGUGUGGACUCUUCGAGCUUCUCCUAGCUUUAGGAUUCAACACAAGGAAGGGACGAGUGAUCGCCGGCGUCCAUGAAGGUCGGGUCUGUAAGCAAACUCUGCAGGACCCAGCCAGAAGUUUCCUGCCGCCAAUCAAGCGUCCCUCCGACUCUGCUGCCGUGAUGGUGUGACCGAUCGAUUAUGCAGUUUUGAUGGAUUGAGUUUGAAUGGUGAACCUGAUGCUAACUAGUAUCUAUGGCAAGCUGUUCACUCUUUCAAAGCCAUUGACAAUGAUAGACGUCCAAUCAUGUGCUUAUCAUCCUCCUGCAGUCAAUUAAAAUGAGUUUGUCACUAGG